GGAUACGAAUAGUACAACGCAUUUGUUGGUCAAUUACUUAUUCAAUGAUCGAUGGCCGCACAUCGUGUUUAGUUAACGUACGCACAUCUCCUUAUCUAAGUAGCUUCGCUAAAGGCAGCCUUCUAUAUCAGUGCAUAUAAAGGUUGCUACCGAAACAGACAAAUAGCAAGUAUCCUCUGUCUAUCGAAAAUAAUUCAAAAUGAAGGUGCUUUACGUUUUCCUCAUCGCUUUCGUCUGCAUCAACGGAUCGGUCGGGGUAUAUAAGCUCGAGAAAGUCCAAUGUACCCAUGCAGGUGGGAAAGUACCACCAAAAUGGUUGGAUAUGGUUAAUGAUUGUACCGUGAUUUUGGAAUCACAAUUAAAGAAUGAAACUGAAGCUGCUAUGACUUAUCUAGCAAUGGGUGCUCACUUUGCUCGUGACACCGUUAAUCGUCCUGGAUUCAGCAACUUCUUUUUUGAUUCAGCUAGUGAAGAAAGACAACAUGCAAUUAAAAUCAUUGAAUAUCUAUUAAUGCGUGGUCAGUUAACAAGCAAUAGACCACUUCUGGAUUUCCCCUUGAAACCAUUGAAAGAACAAUGGCAGAAUGGAUUAGAAGCACUUACAGAGGCACUUGACUUGGAGGCUCAGAUUACACAAAGACUUCACAGUAUUAAUAGAAAAUGUGAAAAACCAGGCGGUGGCAGCAAGUUCAAUGAUUAUCAUUUGGUGGACUGGCUUACAGGAGAUUUCUUGGAUGAACAAUACAAAGGAGAACGAGAUUUA